AUGAAGAUGCCAAAGAGAAACAUGGUUGACGCAGCAACUUUGGAAAAGCUUGAGGCUGGUUUCAAGAAAUUGCAGGAUGCCACCAAUUGCCACUCUUUGUUGAAGAAGCACUUGUCGAAGGAUGUGUUCGAUCAACUGAAGGACAAAAAGACUAAGCUUGGUGCAACUCUGCUUGAUGUGAUCCAGUCUGGUGUUGCCAAUUUGGACAGUGGGGUUGGAGUGUAUGCCCCAGAUGCAGAAGCCUACUCUUUGUUUGCCCCAUUGUUUGACCCCAUCAUUGAAGAGUAUCACAAGGGCUUCAAGAAGACUGACACGCACCCUCCAUGUGACUUUGGUGAUGUGGAAACCCUGAGCAAUGUGGAUCCUAAGGGAGAGUUUGUCAUUUCAACCCGAGUACGGUGCGGACGAUCCCUUGUGGGAUAUCCAUUCAACCCAUGCCUGACAGAAGCACAAUACAAGGAAAUGGAGAGUAAGGUAUCAUCCACUUUGGUAGGCCUGCCAGGGGAACUGAAGGGCACUUACUAUCCUCUAACUGGAAUGGGCAAAGAUGUUCAGCAGAAGCUCAUUGAUGAUCACUUCCUCUUCAAAGAAGGAGACAGAUUUCUUCAGGCUGCUAAUGCUUGCCGAUACUGGCCGGCUGGCCGAGGGAUUUACCACAAUGACAACAAGACCUUCUUGGUUUGGGUGAAUGAAGAAGAUCAUUUGAGGAUCAUCUCCAUGCAAAUGGGAGGAGACCUGAAGCAGGUGUUUAGCCGCCUUAAGACUGCUGUGGGUGAGAUUGAGAAGCGCCUGCCUUUCUCCCAUCAUGACCGCCUGGGAUUUUUGACAUUUUGCCCAACUAAUUUGGGUACCACUCUUCGUGCUUCAGUGCACAUCAAGCUGCCCAAGUUGGCUUCUGAUCGGAAGAAGCUGGAGGAUAUUGCCGAUAAAUAUAAUCUGCAGGUGAGAGGCACACGAGGGGAACACACAGAAGCUGAAGGUGGUGUCUAUGACAUCAGCAACAAGAGGAGAAUGGGACUGACAGAGUACCAGGCCGUGAAGGAGAUGCAUGACGGAAUCCUGGAAAUGAUCAAGAUGGAGAAGGCCAUGUAAAAAUGAUAAUUGCUCUGUGGCAGUUGAGCUGGUGUGAAACCACUCUACUGACCACUACUGCAUCAGUGAAGGAAAAUUAGUAGGAAAUUCAGAUUAAAGUAAUCCUCUCCUUGGCAUCUUCAGGGUUUCUCAUUUGCAAAUUUUCUGUCCCUCAAUCAAACAAACUUUCCCCACCCAACAAUAGCUUGUUUUCCCUUCUAUGAUUGUGCUGUGGAGUUUGGCAGUAAAAGGAAGAGAGAAUCCCCACAAUUUUAUUCCUUUCAGAACACUCAUUACUGCACAUGCCAUCAUUGUAUUUUGUUGUACAUUUUUAUUGAUGGCAGAAGAGAAUUAUGUUUGGAGGUGGACUGUUUGUCUCCAAAAUAGAUCGUUGGGACAGCUGGUGAUAAAGAGCAGGAAACUUGUUUUAUGGCAUCUGCUAGUAGUUCUCAUUUAUUGUGUUUGAGUUUAUCAACCUUUAAGUCCAUAAAGCUAACCGUAUUUUGCCAUUCCA